UUUUCGGGAGGAAGACGUCCCAUCCAUACUCAACAUCGCGUCCGGCCAUCUUUCACCAUGCAAGUACCGCUGCACAAUUUACUCUUUUGGAUUAUUUGUGUGUCGGUUGUGUUGGGACAUUCGUUGGAUCCUAAACAAGGAAAGAAGUACAAUAUUCUAGCUUUCUUCCCAGAUGAAGACAGGAGCCAUUUCAUUGGUUUUACGCCAUUGCUGCAGGAUUUAGCCGCUAAGGGUCAUAACUUGACUAUUGUUUCACCGUAUUCCAUAGGAAAAACUCGUGUUCCUCAUCACCACAUCCAAGUGGAACACAAUCCACUACCGGAAAUCAAUGUAUUCAGGACGGUUUGGUUGGCUCCUUUUUUCUUCUCUCCAAUCCUCUCGUGGUUGUAUGGGCCGUUCCUAACCGAGAAGAGCAUAGUCAAAGAGUCUGUUAUCAAGUUUAUCAAUGAAGAUCAGUCUAAAUUCGACUUGGUGCUGUUCGAAAAUUUCCUGCAUGAGGCAUAUGUGGUAUUGGGGCAUAAGUAUGGGGCACCUGUUAUACAGAUGUUGUCUAUGGGUGCCAAUUCCAAAGUGUCCCAAUGGCAUCGCAACCCAAUUAAUCCAGCUUACAUACCGGAUCAACAAACAGGCUUUGUACCUAAAAUGAACAUACUCCAGAGAUCGUCGAAUACGUUAUCGGCCAUUUUCAAUACGUUCUUGGCUCAAUAUUUGUACUUGCCGUGGCAGCAGGCAAUCGCCAACAGAUACUUCGUGUAUCCGGGAUCCUGGAACAGACCACCUCUUGAAGACUUGUUGAGCAAUGUUUCUCUGACGUUGUUAAACAAUCACUUCAUCAUCGGAUCGCCCACACCUUUAAUCCCCAGUUUCAUAAAUGUAGCCGGCAUGCACUGCCAAAAGCCAAAACGAUUACCCAAGGACUUAGAAGCGAUCGUGGAUGCAUCCAAAGACGGCAUAGUAUACUUUAGUCUCGGGUCAAACAUCAAUUCGACAAAUAUGCCUUUAGCCGACAUGUACACUAUACUCUCUGAACUGAGUAAGAUUAGACAGAUCGUAUUUUGGAAAUGGGAUAGUGACGCCAGACCAGACAUACCUCCGAAUGUCAUUAUUCGCAAGUGGUUCCCUCAAAACGAUAUACUGGGUCAUCCAAAAUGCAAAAUGUUCAUAACACACGGUGGCAUACACAGCGUCAUCGAGGCCACUUAUUUCGGAGUUCCCAUGAUAGCAUUGUCGUUUGUGGGUGAUCAAAUCCAUAACUCGAAGUAUGUCCAAUCCAGAGGAUAUGGCAUUCACGUGCCGUACACUAAAUUAUCCGAGGCCACCUUUGGAGAGGCCGUCUUAAAACUCCUCCACGAUCCUUUGUACACCGAAAAUGCUAAGAAGAUAUCUGCCAUAUUCAACGACAAUCCUUUGACACCAAGAGAAAAUGCUAUCUACUGGAUCGAAUACGUGAUAAGACACGGAGGAGCACCUCAUCUUCAAACUUCUGCCAAAGAACUGAAGUGGUUUGAGUAUUAUUUGUUGGAUGUCAUAUUUCUUUUAGAGAUUGGUUUGUGUGUGGUGUCUUAUUUCUGGUGCAAGGUGACUUAUGCCUUCUUUAGUUUGUGCUGUUGCUGCUGGACGCCUAACGCACCAAGGCGGGUUGAAGAGUCGGAAGAAGAGUCGGACCAAGAGCCGGAUCAAAAGCCCGAUCAAGAGGAGGUUCAAGAUGAGAUUCAAGCGGAGGAUGACAAAAAAAAAAAUUAA